AUGUAAUAAAGGGAAUAAAGGUUAUCCUAAAGAGCAUUUUCAUCUAAUUCUCCAACAAUGAGUAGUGCUUAUGCCUCAGCUAUGAAGAAUAUGUAGGAUAAAUUAAGAAAUGAUACUUAUAGGAAAUCAAUUGAUUUGUCUCCUUAAGAUAUCAUAAUUGAAUAACUUAAAUAAUAAGUAAAUGAAUUAUCAAGUGAAAAUGAUCGUCUUCAAAUGUAAUUAAUGAAAGUUUCUUAAGAAAUGGAAAUGAAUAAUAGAGCCACUUAAUAAAUAGAGUUGUUAUAAGUUGAAAGAUUAUAACAUUUAAAGGAUUAUUAAGAUAGAGUAUCAGAAUUGAUAAGGAAGAAUGAAGAACUUAAACAUGAUAAACAUGAAAUUUAAAUGGCAUUUGAAAGUCUUUAGAGAUAAUUAUAGGCUUAUAAAAAUAAUGAAAAAGGAUUGUUACAUAAAGUUGAAAUGAAGAAAUAUGAAGAAAAUUCAAUAUUAUUAAAUACUGUUUAAGAAUAUAAGUAAAAGAUUGAUAUGAAAGACAACAUUAUUAAAAAAUUAGAAAAAAGAAUAGAAUUAUUAGAAUUAGAGAAAUAAAAAUUAGAUUAAGAUUUUGAAAAUUACAAAUAAAAGCAUUCUUCAUAUAAAUUACAUGAAUUUGAAAAAUAAAUAUCUAAUCUUAAAUAUUAAUUAGAUGAGAAGGAUAGAGCUUACUUAAAAAAUAUUGAUGAAGCUUAAUCAAAUAGAUUUUGUAGAGAAGAAUAAAUGGCUAAAAGAAUUUAAGAGUUGAUUUUAAAGAGUUCUGAAUAUCAAGAUAUUAUUUAAUAAUUAACUAUGGAUUAUAAAGAUUUAAGCGUUAAAUAUUAAACUCUUAAAAUUAAAUUGGAAUCUGAAGAAAAGAGUCACAAAUAUUUAAAAAGAAGAAUAUCUAGAUAAGAAGAAACAGAAUUUAAUUAAGGAUACAAAGAAUAGAGAACAAUUAGUAAAUUAAAUUUAGAUUAAAUUUCUAACACAUUACCUAGUCCAAGAGCAGAUUAAAGUUUAAGAUAAAGUCAAUUAAAAUAAGCAAUUAAAGAUUGUUUAGUAGAUAUGAAGAAUUCAGCAUAUAGUCCUGAUAAAAAGGUUGAUUCAAGAAAAAGAUUAAUAUCUCCAUUAUCACCUCAAUAACAUAUAGAAAUUGAAGCUAAAUUAAAGUCUUUAAAUGAAAAAUAUGAAAAUUUAAUUCGUUAAGCUUAGCGAGAGAAUGAUUUUUAAAAUAAAGCAGUUAUUCGAAAAUAAUUAUUAGAAAUAGCUGAAUAAAUAAAAGAAACUACAAAACUUGAUAAAUUAAACUGA